UUAGAUCAUCCCAGUCAGACCCAGAAGCUAUAACCCAUAAUAUACUAAUAAAUGCACUCAUUCUCUCAAAACAUUCGCCCAUCACUACUCCUCUAUUAUUCCUGCAGGUCACUACAGAUAUUCCCACUGUUACUACAAACAUGUUAGAUGGAGGAGAUUUUUCUUCUUCUUCUGCAGCAGCAGACCCUUUUCCAACCACCAUCUCAUCAAGAAGGAACAAAAGGAACAAGAACAAGCGAAGGUUUAGCGAUGAACAAAUUAAAUCACUGGAAACCAUGUUUGAAUCUGAAACAAGACUCGAGCCUCGCAAGAAAUUACAGCUUGCUAAAGAACUUGGAUUGCAGCCACGUCAGGUCGCUAUUUGGUUUCAGAACAAAAGAGCUAGAUGGAAGUCCAAGCAACUUGAAAGAGACUACAACAUCCUACGUGCUAAUUAUAAUAGCUUGGCUUCCAGGUUCGAGUCUUUAAAGAAAGAGAAGCAGGCUUUGGCACUUCAGUUGCAGAAGCUGAAUAAUAUGAUGGAGAAGUCAAGGGAUCAGGAAGGGGUGUGUUGUGAGCAAAGAGUAGGUUCUGCUGUGAAUAGUAGUGAAGCUGAAUCAGAUAAUGGAGAGGCUAUAAAGUGUGAAUCAGAAGCCAAGCCCCGCAGUGUGUCGGUUGAAAGAUCAGAACAUGGAUUAGGAGGGCCUUCAGAUGAAGAUAGCAGCAUAAAGGCUGAAUACUUUGGUUUAGAUCAAGAAGAAGCCAAUUUGAUGAGUAUAGUGGAACCUGCUGAUGGAUCAUUGACAUCACAAGAAGAUUGGGGGAGUUUAGAUUCUGAUGGCCUUUUUGAUCAAUCAAACACUGGUUGUCAGUGGUGGGAUUUCUGGGCUUGACUGUAAAAUUAAUGAAUUGCGUACUCAAGGAGCUAAGCAUGGACUGUCUAUGCAAAUACUCUUUCUUGUGACUGGUGGGGCAGAAUUUGGCGACUUCUAUUAGAAGGGACACUUCAGCGAAAUGGAUGACGGAGACAAUUUGGAUUGAAUUGUUCGGUUCAGUAUAGAAAACCAGUCUGCUUCUUUACACUUCUCCAAAAUCUGAGGUUGCUGAUUGCCAAUCUUGGCAUUUGCCAAGCACCAAGUUUGAGGAUCAGUUUAGUAAUGAAAGUAAAAGCCAACUUGCGAAUCGAUGUUUGUAAAUAAGCAGGGAGAGAAAUGUUGCACAAAAGCCUCAGGACACAUAAACAUGUACUGUUUUAUUAGUUUAGGAUCCUACAACUUAGAAGAGUUUGGUGUUAUUAUGUUAUCGGACACUCGAUUUAGUGCCCUUUUUUUCA